UUUCAGCUGGAUCGCGUGCUAAAAGUACAAGUCGUCGAUUUGUAAUGAUUAAACACUGUAAGAGCUACGAUUAGCCAAGUUGAAUUGGCUAAUUAAGCGGUAAAGUCUGGUUUAUGUAAUGCAUGUGAUCAACGGGAUCAGUUUCAGCACUCAAAAAUUCAUAAUACAAUCACACGCCCGAAUUAAAAGAAUAACGAGUUUACGCCGAACGUGGUGAAGCCACAACACUCUUCUUACAAUUGAGAAUAUACCUGUUAAGCUAUAUUGACGUCAGUUUGGCAACUGAAAUGGAGAAAAAUGGUCUUCACGUUCUCUUCGAGUAUAACAGUCGAAUGUCACAGAAAUUAUUUUCAAAAUUUCCUUGCAAUCGGCGCAUACUCGUAUUCUAUCGUUUUUAAGUCACGCCCACAAACACUUUCGCAUUCCCACGCUACUAACAUAUCAGAAUUUGCUUGCAACUGAAAAUAUUUAAUAUCGAAAAGCAUAAUCAAGUGAAAACUUAACAAAACAAGAAAAUUCGUAUAAAAAACUGUAGACGAUUCAAUUGAUCACAGGGGCUUUUGAUUUGCCGUAGACGUCAAUCGGCAAGAAAUUAUCAGUUUUGAAAAAGUAUUUGACAUGUAAAGAUGAAAAUAUGUGUGUCCCUAGUGCUGCUGAUGUUGCUCUGUCCGGGCGGCUGUCCAGUGUACGAUUUCGAUUUGCGCACCAUCCAGCAGCCUAGUCAGUUCGCGAAUGGUCUAAAACUCGCGGCCGAUCUUAACAGCGAGUUCAAUCAGGGCAUCAUGAAUUUUCAUGUGCUCAAUGACAAGGACCGAUUCGAUGUGGAGAACACUUGCAAGCUAGACGGUAUUUCAGACGAUCCUGUUGAAAGUCCAACAAGGAAACUGAAGUAUUUACGUAGAGCUGAGGAAGAAGAUAUAACUAAUAUGGAAUUGAAUGAAUUUGUGGGAUCGAAUCUUUUUGAUAGUACACGUAAGAAUUGCUUUUCGCCGGAAGAUUUGAAUUUGCUGGCCGCACGAAGAGACUUUGAGUACCUGCUGCCGAAAGAUUUGCCGAAAUGUCUACUCAACGACGACAUGUUAAAGAUGCUGCUAAAUUACUUUUACAAUGGCAAUGAGUUUAUACAGAGAAUGAACGACGUUUCGAGAAAGGUGGUUGAGCGAGCUUAUUACGAUAUGCUGGGCGGGUACUUGCGCUCAUACAUGCUGCCAGUGGCUAAAUACUCCUAUUAUGGCGGCAAGGCCAGUCUCAAGGUGGUCAGUAGUGUGGUAGAGCUGUAUCAGCAAUGCAAGUCCUAUUUAAACACAAACGGCAAUGGCUGGAAAAUGCCCAUUUUACUUGAGGAAAUGGAAAGUGUGCGUGUGGACUCUAUAAGGGGCUCGGACUGUGGUGGCGAUGGCAACGGUGCUGGUGGCGGACCAACCGGCUGUGCACGUCUCGAAAUGUUGCCGGCCAAUGAUGGCGAUGAAAAUGUUAUGCUUGUGGCUUUGCCAAAACUAGAGGCCGAUUGCAUUGAAAAUGGUUUGAGUAAUAUAUGGUUGCCAUUUCGAAAGCGGCGCAACUAUGAUCUCAGAUCACCGAAAUCUGCUUAUAUAAUUAUGCGAUUCUACGAAACGGUCACACGUUGCUAUCAGUCACAGUCAAUGCCACAAGAAGCUUACAAUUACAAAUUUAUAGCAUGGAUUAAUGAGAACCUAAAACCACAUCUAUCCGACGAGGAGUUCUAUCCCGGUCUGGGUGGUGUAUUGCGAAUUGUUGAAAAAUUAAGAAAAGGCCGUAAGGCACUGAACUUAAACGAUGAUGAAGCGCUCAAUCAGCGCAUAGAGGAUCUGAGUGGUACGCGUGUGAACGAUAUUGGCGGUGUUGGCGAUAGUAAAAGCGACGAUGGCUUUUCCGAUAUGGAGCUCGCACAAAAGGCCUUGGAAUACAAGAUGAAGGAGAGCGCCAGAAAAACGAUGAUUAACAGUAAACGUUGGUUUGAGAAGAGCGACAACGAUAAUAGACAACUGCAGAGCCGAAAGAUUUGCGAAAAGUCUAAAGCUCAACAAAACCAACAUAGUCCGCAAACACAGCAAAAUCAAACACAUAAAACCAAGAAGCCAAAGUGUAAAACAAAGGGUGGAAAGCAUGGUGGCGCCGGGUCCCUAAUCAAGUUGACAUCCGAAGAACAAAAACAUUAUCUCAAGUAUCUUUGUUGCAUUAUCGGACUUAUACUGCUCAUAUUACUGAUCAUACUGCUUGUCGCUAUGUUAUUGAGAUACCGUAAGCGUAGGCGUAAGACUGAGCCGAAACCAAAGCCACCGAAAAAAAAGCGUAGAUGUCCUGCAUGGUGCAGUUUUUUACUGUGCAGAAAGAAACCAGCCGAUGAAGAGAUCGUUAUUAAGCCCGAAACGAAAUCGGUUAUUGCAACACAACCACACCGACGCGCGUCCACUUCCACAUCGUCGCUGGCCUGUCAACCGGCUGCUAAAUGCAUUCCAUGUUCUAAGCGCGCCACCAAGGAAUCGGAAAGUGCACCCAUUAUCGAAACAACCUCACUCGAUUACUAUUCCUCGUCCGAGCCCGAAAGUAAAGUGCGUCAGAAAGCGAAAAAAAGCAAACAGAAAGUGGUCACAAUAGAUGAGAAGAAGAAGAAAAAAUCAGCAUCACCAUCACCAACGAAAACUAAGCCAGCACCGGCAAAAUCUAAAGCGGUACCGCCGAAAUCUCGUCUUGCUGGCGGCGCAGAGCUAAAAAGUUCAUCCAGUUCGGAUAGCACGAAGCGCUUGGGCAUACAACGUACCAUCCCCACAGACAAUAAGAAGAGUAGUAAUGAAGAGGAUAUGCCCCUAUUGCCGCAACCGGAACGUCCAGCUUCUCGAGAUCACUCGAAAGGUUCACGCAGUUGGGAAACCAUGUACGACACAUAAAUCUCUUAAAUUCACUACUAGAACAAUUAGCAUCUACACUAUAGCGUAUUUAUUUCACUAUUUACUUAUCGCAAGUGUUUAUUCGCAUUAUUUAUGUAUAUUUUUGCAUUCUAUUUAAGCAAUUUUUUCGCUAAAUAAAUAACGGAUCUUGCUGUCAGCGUGAUUACAAAACAAACAAUGCAUAUAGUGUGACCAAAGUACACGUGGCUCUUACUCAUAAACAGCUUCUUAAAGCCUCUACGCUAUUUCAUCAAAAACUAAGUAGAGCAUGGUGUGAUGCAAGGUUCAUGAUUAUAGCUUCGAAAUUUCACUGCAUUAGAUAUUAGAAAGAUAUCUCCUCUUUGGAUCACAAGUGAGAUCCAAAAAGGCGAUCAAGUGAUUUCUAAAGAGAUCAAGUGUGAGCUUCACUUGUCGAAAAACAAGUCUAAGGAGGGAGUCCUAAAGUUUAUAGCAUUGACGAAUAUACUUCAUAUCUAUUGAUUUAAGUGAAAUUUUAUGUGUGGUGACUACCACUUAGUGAAUGAUGAGUUCAAAUCGCUAGAAAUUUUAAAACUGUACACAUUUGUUCUCUUAUGGUCUUCAAUUCCUUCCUGGUGCUCAUAGUGUUUUUAUCACAUUAAAAAAUGUCUAAUUAAUCAUCAGUAAAAAAUUUCGAAACUGUGAUAUAUUCGAAAAGCCAAUUAAGUUAUUCAUAAACUGUAAACUUUCAACCAACUAAAGCUCUUAAAAUGUUUAAAAAAAAAAAAUUGUCAGCCAUUUUAACACAAGUUCAAAAAUAUUUUAGACUCUUAAGCAACAAGAUGAAUGUGUGAGUACCACUAUAAGUCUAAUGCAUUGUUCUCAAGAGAUUUAUCUACCACACUUCUAGUAAAACAACAAAUACAUUUAUGGCACCUAUAAGUGAUGCUUUGUAUAAGGAUACUUUAAAGGUAAAUGAACACGAAUGACAUCACCUUCAUGCAAGUGAAAUAAGUGCAAUCAGGUGUGAAACAAUGCUUAUACAUAUCAACACUGGUAGCCAAACGCCCUCUAGGGAAAAUGAGGAAACACGAAUUUAUGAAAACCAAAAUGUAUGUGUAAGUGUGCAUACGUAUAAAAUAUUAAUUAUUAAAACAACCCUGGGGUCGGCUUUAGUAUACCAUUCCACGAUUUCAGGGUUAAAAACGGUAUGGUUUGAUAGAGAAGUUUCUCCAAAUUAAGAAUAUAUAUAAUUAUAGCCGCCGGAAACCUAUAGUUUUCGAGAUAUUUGCAUUUUAAUUUAAAAAUUUUAUCGUAAAAUUUCUCGACUUUUAGUUAAUUUUUAUUUUAUAUUAUGCAUUAACACUUCCCUACAUUGUUUCUACAUAUUUAAUUUAUAUCAAUUAUUUUAAUAUUUGCCUUACAAUAAGCAUUUUAAUUUUGUACACAAAAACAAAAGGUAUCCAGGUUGAUUAUAAUUAUAUAUAUUCUUAAUGUGGAGAAUCUCCUCUAUCUAAACAUACCCAUUUUAACCGUGAAAUCGUGGGAUGGUAUACUAAAAUUUCCCGCAACUCUCACGCAACAGUGAUACACAAUUUAGCGCCUUUUACAACAUUAUGUGUUUUUUCGAGAAUGUAUAUUACAACACACUUUGGCGCCUGCAAACAGUAGAAUUUAUUACAGAUCCACGUGCAACAGUUAGCAUACCGAAUAUUUUCCUGCUGGGUAGCUAUUACGUAUUUACACAUACCGAACCUUUAUCAGACAUACCAUGAUUCAAUUUGUCAAUGAAACAAAAUUAUUUGAAAACAAAAACUACAAAAAUGCAAUGUGUUUCAAGUAUUAAAAAAAAACAAAAAAAAAAAAAAAA